CUGUCAACAAACAUCGUCCUCACAGGACAAUUUCAGAAACCGACACACACUGUGCAUUAUCCUCCACAAUGGCACCAGGCAAGCCCUCCGCCAUGCAAUACGAGAUAGAUCUCCACCAACUGCCUAUUGUCGAGACCCUCCCCACCUCACUAGAGGACAACCAAGAAUGCAUCAUCUGCCUUGAAGACCUAGAUUCCAUCAAAUCGUACCGCCAAUUACCCUGCCAACAUUUCUUCCAUCAACCAUGCAUCGACGACUGGCUAAAGCGGCCGAACCCAAGCUGCCCGAUCUGCCGACGCACAUUCGAGCACCUGCGCCGACCCUGCAAGACCUCCACAAGCCAUGCGCCCGCUGUCGUCAAUAACAGCUGGGCCACCGUCAGUCCUCUACCGCGAUACUUGCUGGUCGUGGGACCCAGCCCCGCAGCUCCCGAUCUCACAGUCCCGGUCGUGCGUGCGGAGCCCCGAGAGCCCCCGCGACAGUCGGUCCGGGCGUGGUGCAAGAGAAAGUUAAAGGUUGGACGUGUUGCUUGAGCGGAGCAGUGCUAUUGAGCUUGCUGCGGCUGUGGUAGCCUUUAUGGCUUUUUUUUGCUUAUUACGACAUGGCGUUCGGGAGGCUAUGAUUACGAUUAUGAUUGUUUUCCUGUUCGGAAUGAUGCGUUGAUCCACAUUCCUUUGAUUCCCUGUUUCUUAACCCGUUAGAUUCCCACUUGUGUUCAAU